AUGAAAGAGCUUGCAGCACCAGAUGUGACUUAUAAGUACUCAUGCAUCACUUAUCCAGAUUUGGCAGGAGAUUUUGAACUCAGAUCAGGACUUAUUCAUCUGCUUCCCAAAUUUCAAGGGUUAUCAGGAGAGGAUCCCAACCGCCAUCUAUAUGAAUUCCAUGUGGUUUGUUCAACCAUGAAGUCACAAGGGAUUUCAGAAGAAGACAUUAGGUUGAGGGCUUUUCCAUUCUCUUUGACGGGAGCAACUAAGGACUGGUUAUAUUGCCUUCCAGCUGGAUACAUUACAAGUUGGAUUGAUAUGAAGAGAGCCUUUUUGGAGAAAUUUUUCCCAGCUUCUAGGACUGCAACUAUCAGGAAGAGCAUUUGUGGUAUUCAACAAGUAGUGGGAGAGACUCUUUAUGAUUAUUGGGAGAGAUUCAAGAAGCUGUGUUCGAGUUGUCCACAACAUCAAAUUAGUGAUCAGCUUCUUGUUCAGUAUUUUUAUGAAGGUCUACUUCCCAUGGAUAGGAGCAUGAUAGAUGCAGCAGCUAUAGGAGCCUUGGUGAAUAAGACUCCAAAUCAAGCAAGAGAGCUAAUUUCAAAUAUGGCGAAAAAUUCACAGCAAUUUGGGAAUAGAGCUCUUGGUACUAGAGUGGUUAAUGAAACUCAUUUAGUUUCGACUGAGCAACAAGAAAUUAGAAACAAUUUGCAAGAAUUUACCUCUCUAGUGAAGCAAAUGGCGUUGCAAAAAUCAUGUCAUGUUUCAAAUUUUCCCUUACCAAUGAUGAAGUUGUGUGGAAUUUGUUUAAGCCAAGAUCACUCUUCGGAUCAUUGUCCUAAUCUACAUCAAGAUGAAUCCGUUGCAGUCAUUUCAAGACCUUAA